GCGUUUGUCUCAUUUGUGUAAACGGUUUCGGCCUUUCCUGGAGUUGAGGAAGAACCUGUCUCCAGUUUGAGGUGGGCGUUUAGGGGAAUUGGGAGCGGAAAGCAAGCGAAGAAGAGGGCGUAAUCCCUCUUGCUGUCCAUAUCUGUUACGAGGCUUUGCCCAAGGGUCACCCUCCCAGACCACCCACUAUUCCACCCUCCCGUCCCUCUCUCCUGGUGCUGCGCCCCGGUCCCGGCAUGGAAGCACAGAAGGAAGCGCAGCGUAUUAUGACCAUGUCGGUGUGGAAGAUGUACCAUUCUCGCAUGCAGCGCGGCGGCUUGAGGUUGCACCGGAGCCUUCAGUUAUCGCUGGUCAUGCGGAGCGCCAGGGAGCUCUACCUCUCCGCCAAGGUAGAGACCGAUGAAGCGGAGCUACCCUUUCCGGCCGCGGCCCUGGCUCCCACCCCUAACCUGCCCCAGCCCAUGACCGUAGCUGAAGCCGAAGCUGGCUCUUCGCAAGUGUCUGAAGAGGUGAUCCCGGUCCCAGAGCCCAUGGAAACGCAGGAAGCUAGGGAGACUGAGCCGGCGCCCGCCUGCAGCCACCUGCCUCCGGUGCCCUUUGCUACUCUGUCUCAGCGCUCAAUGAAACCCAACCGCAAACGGCGGAGCAGUAGUGUGGGCCAGGGCGGGGAAGCCGGGCUGGUUCCCAGCAAGAAAGCUAGGUUGGAGGAAGAAACGGCGGCGGCCGAAGGGAAGGCUGAAGACCUGGGGAGGCGGCAGUUGCAGGUGGAGGAGGGCCCUUUCCCCAGUCUGGCCCGAGUUUUACAGAAGCGCUUCUCUGGGAUCCUGAGUAACACCGGGGGGCCGCCAAAGCCCACUGCCCCGCCUCCCUCGUGUGAACUUCAGCCGGGUUGCCGCCAGGCAGACAACAUGAUAAACAUCUUGGUUCGGACAGUCGUGGCUUUCUAACUUGAGCCCUGGACUCCGGACUGUGCCCGUAGCUUUAGCUGGCCCGAGUUACGUCGAGGCCGCUGUCCAGCCCUGUGUGACCUGGGGGCUUAGGCUUUGGUCGUCCACUUCCCGGUGAGGAAUCCUGACCUCGCUCCUGUCCUUCCUCAGGCGCUGGUGACGGCUUUGGUGGCAGAGGGGAGUGGUGGUGGGGAGGACGAGAGAGCAGCUGCCUAUCUGGAGAAUCUGCUCCAUAAUGCUGCUAAGAGGCUGGUCCGAGAGGAGAAGGUGGGACGCUUUUUCUGGCCUCGGUAGUAGUCACCUUCCAGGCUGGGGCGGAAGGGACCGCGGCGUCAGACUGUAUGGAUGCCGGUCGGUGAAGCCGGCCAGCACGCAUCCAGACUUCAUAGACUCGUGGAGACCCCGGUGGUCUUCCCUUUAAGAGAUCUGCCUCAGACCUUUCUAUUGGAAAGAGACAUAUAUGAUGGUGCUAUUAACAUGACUUUGUAUUUCCUCUUCCCUAACUUAAUGCUUGUUCUUGGCCGCCCAGUGGAGGCGGUGGUGGGAGCAGCAAGUGCUGGGGUGUUGAGGGCGGUUUGCUGGGGUGGGACGUGAGGUGGGGGAGGCUGGGUAGAAUCUUUCUCAGGGUUUAAACUUUUUUAAAUUGGGGGCGGUACUUCUGUCCCAUUAAAGCUUUUUAUAUAAAA